AUGCAGUUCUCCUCCUCUCUACCGCCUCCUUCUUCUCCCUCCUCCUCCUCCUCCUCGGGUUUACCUCCUCUCGAUCGACGCCAUCCACCGAACGAAUUGGCCAUGUGUUAUUUCGAACAGACUCGUUGGAGUUGUGGUUACUGGCGCUGGGGCCACUUCCGCCAGCAAUGCAACAAGGAAUAUCGAAUGGGAGAGACUUGCGGGCUGAAGCUCAUCUAUGAAACAAAACCUGACCCCGACGUCUGUAAGCUAUGUCACGACACGGAGAAGAAACGACGGCGCCUCGCCAAGAUGACUCAAGAUGUGGAGCGUUGGAAGGUCGAGGGCAACCGGACAGCCACCAUCGAAAGGACGGAGGAGGAAAUGGCCUCUGUCAGGGGCCAAAUCGCGGUAAUGGAUGAAGAUCAUUUGCGCAGGCUACAAACGCUUGCUCAGGUAUGA